GGCGCUGAGCCUGGCUGGGCCCCUCGUUCGCCUUUGCAGUUCCUCGCCGCUCCUGCCCAUAAGGCUAUCGCUUUCCCACUUCAGCUACAGUGCUAGCUAAGUUGGGAAAGACCCACCCUAGGCUGCCGCGUGCCCGCUGCUCCGGGCUCCUCUGCUCCGCCGGUGCUUGAGGGGACCCCAGCGGCGCGGGACUUGGCGGGGGGCUGCGCGCGGGCGGACAUGAGCGGGGCCGCGGAGCAGGCGAGCGGCCCAGGAUGCUGCGGCUCCUUGAUCACUUAUUUUACAUCUGCAAAGUUUCUUCUUUAUCUUGGGCAUGCACUGUCCACUUGGGGAGAUCGGAUGUGGCAUUUUGCAGUGUCUGUCUUCCUGGUUGAACUUUAUGGAAACAGCUUGCUUUUGACUGCAGUCUAUGGACUAGUUGUGGCAGGAUCAGUCCUUCUUUUGGGAGCCAUUAUUGGAGACUGGGUGGACAAGAACUCAAGGCUUAAAGUGGCCCGGACAUCCUUGGUUGUACAGAAUGCAUCUGUCAUCGUAUGUGGUAUCAUCUUGAUGCUUGUCUUCCUGUUUAAGGCUCAGCUUUUGACCUUAUACCAUGGAUGGCUUCUUACUCUCUGCUACAUCCUGGUCAUCACAAUAGCAAACAUUGCCAAUUUGGCCAGUACUGCCACAGCAAUUACAAUUCAGAGAGACUGGAUUGUUGUAGUUGCAGGUGAAGACAGAAGCAGAUUGGCAGAUAUGAAUGCUACAGUACGAAGAAUUGACCAGUUGACCAAUAUCUUGGCACCACUGGCAGUUGGUCAAAUAAUGACCUUUGGCUCUCCAGUGAUUGGCUGUGGAUUCAUAUCUGGCUGGAACCUGCUCUCCAUGUGUGUUGAGUAUCUACUCCUGUGGAAAGUUUACCAGAAAACCCCUGCUCUGGCUCUCAAAUCUGUUUCAAAAGUUGAGGAAACUGAACUGAAACAACUGAAUUUGCAGAAAGAUAGAGAACUGAAGCCCACUGAAGGAGUGCAGUUAAUAAUUGACAAAGACGUAGCAGUUGUUGAGCCCCAGAGAGAGAAGGAAAUCAGCUGUAGUUCCCGGAUUGCUGAACCUUUCAUCACCUUUCGUGAUGGAUGGGUUGCGUACUACAACCAAUCCGUGUUUCUUGCAGGCAUGGGCCUUGCAUUCCUUUAUAUGACUGUACUGGGCUUUGAUUGCAUUACUACAGGCUAUGCAUACACUCAGGGUUUGAGUGGCUCUGUGCUAAGUCUUCUGAUGGGGGCUUCAGCUGUAACUGGAAUCAUGGGAACAGUAGCUUUCACCUGGCUCCGUCGCAAAUGUGGCCUGGUUCGCACAGGUCUCAUCUCAGGAAUAGCCCAGUUUUCUUGCUUGGUCUUGUGUGUGAUCUCUGUGUUCAUGCCUGGAAGUCCUUUGGAUUUGACUGUUUCCCCAUUUGCUGACCUCAGUGCCAGAUUAUCUAACAAUGAACCAUUGCCUGAGAUUGCAUCUCCACUUGAUCAGUCUGACAUGUCCUUUAAAGCUGGAAUUCCCUACUUGUUAAACGGGUCUAUUCCUGCUAACAAUGACCCAGAGAUGAGUCCUGAGUCUGUGCCACUAAUCUCUGUUAGUCUUCUGUUUGCAGGAGUCAUUGCUGCUAGAAUUGGUCUUUGGUCCUUUGAUUUAACUGUCACACAGUUGCUCCAAGAAAAUGUGAUAGAGUCUGAAAGAGGCAUUAUAAAUGGUGUCCAGAACUCCAUGAAUUACCUUCUUGAUCUGAUGCAUUUUAUCAUGGUCAUCUUGGCCCCCAACCCUGAAGCUUUUGGCUUACUGGUGCUUAUUUCUGUGUCCUUUGUUGCAAUGGGCCAUAUCAUGUACUUCCGAUUUGCUCAAAAAACCUUGGGGAAGCAGCUCUUUGUUUGCAGCACUCCUGAUCCUAAAGCAACCUCCCCCAAUUCACCAUCUUGUAAUACAUCUACAGUUUAGGUGGUUCAGAGUACAGCCACCCUGCUCUUCAGCACAACAUUUUAAUGUUUCUAAUUGCAUGAUUGGAAGGCAAAAUAAGAUGCUUUGCUGUAUCUUAACAUAGGCAUAGCUCACUCACUUAAAGGGAGCCCUCCUAAGUGUGCCCAGCCAAACAUCCACCCACCUAUGUUUCCGGUUUUGAGUUUAAAGGAAACUAAUCUCAUUAUGUCUCGGAGUUAUGCUUUCUGGUGUAACUCUGGUGAUUUAUUUAUGAAUGUAGCAAAUAUUUUAUCAACAUUAUAACUUUAACUUAACCAUUUUUAACCUUGAUAUAGCUGACAGUGGCAGAAAUAUAGACACUUUAGCUGGUGUAUAUACCUGGUCUACUGUAGAAUUCCAAGCAAUUUGUCCAUUGGUCAAAAUGAUUUUUGUUCAUUAGCUUAACCAAAGCUUGACUUUUUUGCCUCCUUUUUCCCUUGCUAUAAAUGUGGUAUGCCCUGUCCAUAUACUGUGCCACAUUAAAGAACUGGAUGAUGUUUUCAUAAACUGACUAAAGUGUCAUGCUAACAGGUUGGGUAAAUGGUGUAUUUUUGUAGCAAUGUGAUAUUUGCCUAAAAUAUGUUCUUGCUUUCGUGUUUUGGUUUUAACUUUUGUAGAAAGAUCCUUACAGUUUUUGCUUAUUCAUUAAUUAGAACAGUGUUGAGUGUAAAAUUAUAUGACACAUGUGUAGCACUUAAUUAAGUAUAAGAAGCUAUAAAUGUAAUGUAGCAUUGUGAAGCAUGGCUUUUCUACUAAGAACACCAGAUAUAUUGAGAACAUUCUAUGUAAUAGUUAGUGUUAAGGGUCAGAAAGAUAAGCCAAACACUACAUUUAUAGCAAAUUUUGUGAAAUUUGUUUAAUAAUAAGCAGUUUGUGUCUUUUUUUAAACUAUAGCCGUUAGUGGUUUGCUUUUUUUGUUUGUUUUUGUUUUUAAAAAACCCUACUGAAGCCUGGUAUAUUAGAUUUUAUUUCUUAAUGGAAGCUAAAUGAUGUAAUGAUUAUGUGGACCACUUAAGACCUAUGAAUUUUUUUAAAGUAUUUUUCUUCUACUUUUUUUAAACUUUAGAAGUUUGUAUUUUUGAAUAAAUGGUGUGUGUGGGGGGGAAAGGAACAAGCCCAAGACUAUGUGAUCUUUUAAAGCAACUUUAGAAGAGCAGUGGGGAAUGAUGAUGAUUAUUACUUUGAAAAAAGCCAUUUUGCAUUAUUUUAUGGUGUGUGGGCACAGAUGCAGUGCUUUUAUGUUAACCAUUUAUGCACUUUUAUGGAAACUACAAUAAUGUUGCUAUGAGCACUUUGCUUUUCAAUGGAGAUGAAUCUUCUUUAGUAUUCUGAGUUUUCCUAUAUGACAAUGUGAUUUUUAAAUUGUAAGAAAUCUUUGUAAAAUAUUUGUUGGGAAAAAUAUAAAUAUUUUUCACAUGUU